AUGGGAACAGAUCCACCCUACAUUGACAUAGAUGCACACUCUGAGCAUGGCCACAUCAUCAUGGGCAACAAGGACUCCCUCACUGCCUUGUACUGUGUCCUAGGAUUCCUGGGCUCCCUGGCCCUGGUCAGCUUCACUGUGGCUUUCCUGGCCAGGUACCUGCCUGACACCUUCAAUGAAGCCAAAUUUCUGACAUUCAGCAUGCUGGUGUUCUGCAGUGUGUGGGUCACCUUCCUCCCCGUGUACCACAGCAGCAAGGGGAAGGUGAUGGUGGCCAUGGAGAUCUUCUCCAUCUUGGCCUCUGGUGCAGGGCUUCUGGGCUGCAUCUUUGCACUCAAAACAUCAAUCUUGGCCAGGAAAACAAUGAGCAGCGCAGUAGCGCAGCGCAAACAAAGCCACGCCCCCUUCAACCAGAGGCUGCGGGUCCUGGCACGUUCCAAGUGCGCAGGCGCGGGGAUGGGGGCGUGGCAUCGUGGUCCGCGCAGCUGUGACACGUGGCUGAGGAGGCGUGCCACUCCAAUUCAGUCUGGUGUCUCAGGUUCUUGCUCUCUCCGCUGGACCCAGUCCAGCGGUCCUGCCCUGAGGGAGGACAGUAAGCGCGGUGGCGGAGCUGAAGACUGGAGAACGGUGGAGGAAGAACCAUGGCUGAUAAAAUCCAGGAAUCCGGUGGCAUUGAUUUCCCCUUUCCCUUCCCACCCUAUUCCAACCAGAAGAACUUCAUGGCAGAGCUGUAUCACGUGCUGGAGGCUGGCAAGAUUGGGAUAUUUGAGAGUCCCACUGGCAACAGAAAAGUUCCUGAGUCUCAUCAUCGGGGCUCUGACCUGGCUCCUUGACUUUGAACAGAAGACACAGCAGGAAGAGGCGUGCUGCCUCCUGGCUCCUGGAGCCCGGCCCCUGCCUGAGGGCCAGGACUUGCUUCCUGCAGCCCAGUCUUCUUGCCCGGUGCCCCGCACUGCCCUGACGCCUGGAGGAGAGCCAGAUUUGGUCACCCAGUUUGUGCAGAGGAAGGAGGAGAGGGAGCUGGAAGAGCAAGUGAAGAGUCAGGAAGAGGAGGAGACCAAGGCGCUCCUCCAUCUCAGUAGGGAGCUGCUGGCCGAGGGGUCAGGCACAGAGCUGCUGGAGCCUGAGGAAGAAGAUCUGGUGCUGGGGGAGUAUACAAAUGACAAGGAGAGGACGGCAGCCAUUGGGGUGGACGAGGAUGAGAACGAGGAGGACCUGGAAGAGGAGCAUGUCACAAAGAUUUACUACUGCAUCCGGACACACUCCCAGCUGGCCCAGUUUGUGCAGGAAGUUCAGAAGAGCCCCUUUGGCAAGGACACCAGGCUGGUGACCAGCGUCACCUGGCAGAACCUUUGUGUGAACGAAGAUGUGAGAAGCUUGGGUACUGUGUAGCUGAUCAAUGACUGCUGCAUGGAAAUGCAGAGAAGCCCGAAUGAGAAUAAGAACAGAGCUGAGGCAGAUAAGCCCAAGAGAAGACCGAAGGAGGGCUGGACCACCUGCCCCUUCUACAAACGGGGGGAGACACAGCUGCUUCGGGAUGAGAUCCUGGUGGCAGUGAGGGACAUGGAGCAGCUGGUGGUCCUCGGGAAGGAGGCCCGGGCCUGCCCCUAUUAUGGGAGCUGGCUCACUGUCCCUGCGGCCCAGCUGGUGGUGCUGCCCUACCUGAUGCUGUUGCAUGCGGCCACGCGACAGGCUUCGGGCAUCUGGCUGCAGGGCCAGGUCGUCAUCAUCGACAACUUGAUCGACACCAUCACAGACGUACACAGCAAGGAGGUCAGCGGGUCCCAGCUCUGCCAGGCCCACUCCCAGUUGCUGCAGUACAUGGAGCAAUACAGGAAGCGUCUGGAGGCCAAGAAUCUGAUGUACAUCAAGCAGAUCCUGUAUUUGCUGGAGCAGUUUGUGGCCAUGCUGGGAGGGAAUAUUAAGCAGAACCCCAACACACAGAGCCUCUCAAAGACAGGGACUGAGCUGAAGAUCAUCAACGACUUCCUCUUUCAGAGCCAGGUGGACAACAUCAACCUGUUCAAGGUGCAGCAGUACUUCGAGAAGAGCAAGGUCAGCAGGAAGCUCUGUGGCUUCACGGAACGCUGUGGUGCCAUCCUCUCACUGUCCUCAGAGUAGUCCAGACUGGCAGGGCUCCAGCAAUUCCUGCAGAGCCUGCUCCCGGGGGUGACCGAAACUCCCACCGCCGACCCAGAGGAGGCUGAGGUUGAGGCUAUGUGCGCCGCUUCCCCACUGAUGCAUGAAGGCUUCCUCGCAGCCCUCACCACUGCCAACCAGGAUGGCAGAGUCAAUCUGAGCCGCCAAGGCAGCCUCAGCCAGAGCAGCCUCAAAUUCUUGCUCCUGAAUCCAGCUGUGUAGUUUGCCCAGGUGGUGAAAGAAUGCUGGGCAGUGGUCAUUGCAGGGGGCACCAUGCAGCCGGUAAGGACCUCAGCCCCCAUCUCCUGGUGCUGGGAUGGCUCAGGGGAAGGAAGCAGCCUCAGUCAGGUGUCCUCCCUGUCCCGCUGGUCCCAACCUAAAAGAGGUGAUGCGCAGGCCCAGCAGUGUCCCCUGGGUAGCACUACUGAGGCCUCACAAAGCCUUUGUGUAUCUCAGAUCUUUGGUGCCUCCCUGAGGUCCCUUCCUGCCCCACCAGGGAGGUGCUCACCUUCUGAGGCUAGUGUAAAGCAGAUGUUUUGGGUUUCACCAUAGGAAGCAGAGAGGAGCUGUGGGGGAGAAGCAGGUCUUCAUUUCACACUCAGAGAUGAACCAUGGUGUGUGGCACGGCAGUGCCUUUCUGGGGUUAAGUUUCACAGGUGUGUAUGCAUCUUAAAAACAACAGAAUCACCUGUAUGUGCCGUUACAUUUCACUUUUGCACUCAGAAACCAGUAGCAUGUAUAUCUUUCGUGGUCAGCGGGGAUACAUUUACUCCCCUAUCUCAGUUAUUUUUUGCUUAUAGCUGAGACACAAUUCCCAAGUUAAAAAGGAGAGAGGUUUCCUUGGCUCACAGUUUGUAGAGGUUUCGGUCCAAGGCACAGUUUGUAGAGGCUGGGUCCAAGGCAGAGUAGCAAGCCAGAAGAAAAGCCAUUCACGGCAAGAAGCCUCAUUUGGGUCAUAGGUUUUUUUUCAGAGGUGGCGGAAAGUAGGUGUGCAAUGCUGAGAUUAAGGAUGCUGGGAUUAGGGUGGGUGAUUGUGGGCUGGUCCACUAAUCGGAGUGGCAACACCCUUAUCCCAGCAGUCUAGACUAAGAUAAAGGGGGCAGAAAGAGGGUUGUCUCCCCUUCUUGUUGCUUUUCUAUCUUCUGCUGCAAUGAACCAUUAACCCCUCUGCUGUGUGCUGCCCUGCCUUGAAGCCAGAUGAUUAUGGACUGAAACCUCUACAAAUUAUAAGCUAGAUAAAUGUUUCCCCCUUUAAUUUUGGGCAUCAGGUAUUUUGUCUCAGCAACUAGAAAAGUAACUAAGACAUGAUAAAAGCUAAGGAAGAACUAAGAGUGGUGAUGCAAAUCUGUAAUCUCAGUAUUAAGGCAGAAGGAUCUCGAGUUUACAGCCUGGGCUGUACAGCAAAUUCCAGGCCAGCCUGGAUUACAUAGCAAGACCCUGUCCCUGAAACCAACCAACCAACAACCAACCAAGAAUUCAGUCAAUCAAUAACCAACAGAAAACCAAACAAACAAAAGAAGAGGUGAUUUUCAAAGUAGAAUGAAUGCGCAUAUGCAUGAAAGGCUAAGUUGCAAAGUAAUAUAAUGAAAAAAUAUUCAGUAAAUUUGACAGUACUGUUUUGGUAUGAUAGUGACAAAUGUGAAAUUUCAGUAAGCAGGCAGAUAAGUCAGAGGUAUGGAAUUGGAAACAUUUUGUUUAGAAGUUUCUUUUAAAAUAGUUUGCUUAGUGACAGGAAAUAAAGAGGCAGCAUCUAAAUAGUUAUAUGUAGGAUCAUAUUUUCAAAGAAGGAUAGGAAAGUUAAGGUGAAAAUCUCAGUUGAAGGUGAGGUUGAAAAAGAUUCAAGAUAGAUGAUGUUUUAUUGACAAAAUUCUUGAGUCAGCAUACAGUCUGAAGGAAUAAAUUUGGGUGAAAAGAGUAUCUCCUUUCCAAUGGGUGGAGGAAGAAUGUGUGAAGAUUCUGACACAUGUAUUUUUUUUUUUUUUUUGGCUUUUUUGAGGUAGUAUUUCUUUGUGUGGUUCAGGCUUGCCUUUACCUCUCUUUGUAGCCCAGGCUAGCCUCAAAGUCACAGAGAUCCUUCUGUCUCAGCCUCCUGAGUGCUGGGAUUACAGGUGUGCACCACCAUGCCCAGCUUUGGGAUUUUUUUUUACUCUGAUACAUUUUUAAGUGAUGGGGAAGAAAAUGUCAAUUGUCCUUACCUGGUAAAUUUUGUUUUCUCAGUGAAAGACAAGAUCAUGUGCUAAGCAUGAGGGGGAGAUUAUAGAUGGCAGAAGUUUGGAAUAUUCACAUGGGAAAGGGAGACAUUUGCUUGGAAACAGCAUUGCCAGGCAGCACAGAGAGCUGAGGGAGGCUGAGGGGUGAUACAUUUUAGUGACUUUAGUCUGUGCUACUGGUGAGUUUUAGCAGCAGCCCACUUUGGGCCAGUUGUAGUGAGAGGUAAGCCAAAUGAUAGGAAUGAUGGAGAAUGGGAAUUUUCAGGGUAGUUUUGGAGGAAGAAAAAUGUUGUAAAAAAAUCAGAGGGGAGAGAAUUAGACCAGAAACCCAAGUAAUAGGGUCCCUGAGAGAGGAGCAUGUUUGAUAGGAAAAUAUUUGGGAGUAGUAGUGUAGGACAUAAAAUAAAAUAUCAUAGUGAAUAUUUUCGAAUAUAUCCUAUUUCUUUAUAGUAGAGUUCUAAAAGUGAAACACAUAGGCCAGAAUACUGUACAUGCCAAAUUUUUUAAAAAAUUUUAUUUAAAAAGAAAAAGAGAAAAAACAAAACAAAACAAAGCGGUGUAAGGUACAAGUAAUACAGAACAACAACAACAACAAAAAAAAAAACAGUAAGAAAUCACCAGUUAAUAGAUUACAUAUUAUCAUCUUAGAGAUAGUUGCUCAAGUCACACUAUCAAAGAAUACAAAGUGAACAUUCAAACAGUGAGACUGCAAACAGUUGUGUUCAAUGAUCCAACCAAAAACAUUAAUAUGGUCAGCUAUUUAACACCCCUAAACACACUUGCUGUUGUAUCUUUCGGAGCACUUUUUUUCCUUCUCUUUUUUACAACAAAAUUUACACAUUUUGGGUCUUAUCCUUAGGUCUUAUUACGUUUUUUGGGGGAGAGAAUAAAGUCAAAUAUGGCAAAACAAAGCUGUCACUCAAAACCAAAGAUACACAUAGCACAUGAUGUAAAAACAGAGUAGAGGGUUAUCAACAAUGGUUACCAUAAUGCCUCUUGCUUUCUUAAAAAGAAUCGUCUAUCUCAUUAGGUAUUAUAAAGUUGAACAAAACAGUAGAGAACAAGACCAAUAAAACCUAAACCUUGUAAACAUUACAGGACUUCCAAAGAAGAUAAUAGUCAAACCAGAAUGUGCAUCAUAGUGAAUCUUAUUGCCUUCAAAGUAGUUGCCUAUACCCUCAAACUUGAUACUAUCAUACAGAACGGAACAGAGUCUAAUGAGUCAAAACAAGAUAAUGGGAGUAUUACAGGACUUCAAAUCAAGUUAAUAGUAUACUAUAACUAUAGUAUAUCCUGCUAAUUUUUUUGAUUUUUCCCCUUAAUUAAAAAAAAUCACAAAAAAUAACUAAAUAAUUUUUUAAUGAAUAAGGGAGAGAUUGAGAUAAAAGAGGACAUAACAACAUAACAAUACAGGUCAAAGCAUGACAGUUUCAGCAACCUAGCGCUUCACUACCAAAUAACAUCAUUUAAUAGUAGUUACCAUAGUGUCUUUUUUGAAAUAUUUGAAUAUAACGUCAUAUACUAUAGCUUCAAACAUAUCAAGUCAGUGUAAAACCAUUCAAGUGGAUGAAAGCAUUGUAGGGUAUUUAGAACUAGAUAACAGAAAAUGAACAAUGGUUUCUAAAUUAUCUCUUUGCCUAUAACAAUUUUUGUUUAUACUAUCACAUAUAAUAAAAUCCAGCAAGGUACAUCAUGAUAAAACCAAAGGAGACAGAAGAGCCAUAGUUUGGUGGGGCUUCAAAACAAGAUGAUAGUAAAUCAGCACUAGCUAUUACGAUGACUUAUUUUCUUCAAAAUAGCUGUUCAUUUCAUCACAAGCAAUAAUAUCAAGUAGCCCAGAAUAAAGCCAUUCCAAUUAAUAAGUGAAAACUAUAUAAGGCUUCAAGGCCACAUAAUGGGGAAUCAUGAUUACCACACACUUUUAUAUAUUUGACUUAUUACUUACAUUAGGGGAACUAUUCGGUAUUCACACAAGUGAGAUUGAUUUAUUUCACUUAAGAGUAUGGUCUCAAGCUGCGCCCAUUUAUUGAUGAAUAUCUCAAUGUGAUCCUUCUUUAUAGCUGAGUAAUACUUCAUUGUAUAGAAAUACCACAACUUUUUUAUCCAUUCCUCAGUUGAUGGACACUUGGGUUGUUUCCAAGAUCAGGUGAUUACAAAUUGUGCUGCUCAUAUAUCACUGUGGUAUGAUGCUUUCUGUUCUUCUGGGAAUAUGCCUAGAAGUGAAACAGCUGGAACAAAUGGGACUUCCAAUCCCAGCUUUUUGAGAAAUCUCCAGACUGACCUCCACAAAGGUUGUACCAGUCUACACUCCCACCAACAGUGUAGGAGAGUUCCUUUUCCCCCACAGCCUCUCCAGAAUUUGUUGUUGUUGGUUUUCUUGAUGCUGGCCAUUCUUUCAGGAGUGAGAUGGAAUCUCAGUGCGGUUUUAAUUUGCAUUUCCCUAAUGACCAAUGAUGAUGAACAUUUUUUCAUGUAUUUAUUUGCCAUUUGUAUUUCUUCAUUUGAGAAGUGUGUAUUCAUCUCAGAUGUCCAGUUUUGGAUUGGAUCUUUGAAUUUUGGGGGUCUGAGUUUUUUUAAUUCUUUAUAUGUUUUAGACAAAAGUCCCUUGUCUGAGGGAGAGUUCACUAAGAUCUUUUCCCAGUUUGUGGGUUUUCUUUUCACUAUGCUGGAGAUUUCUUUUGACAUGCAGAAACUUUUUAAUAAGAAGUGGUCCCAGUUAUUGAUUCUGGGAAGUAUUUCCCGUGUAGUUUGAGUCCUGUUCAUGAAUUCUCCACCUACCCCUCUGUCUUCAAGGUUUCUACCCAACCUGUCUUACAAUAGAUUUAGUGUUUCUGUUUUAAUAUUCAGAUCUUUGAUCCAUUUAGAUUUUAAUUUAGUACAUGGUGAUAUUCUGGGAAGUAUUUCCCGUGUAGUUUGAGUCCUGUUCAUGAAUUCUCCACCUACCCCUCUGUCUUCAAGGUUUCUACCCAACCUGUCUUACAAUAGAUUUAGUGUUUCUGUUUUAAUAUUCAGAUCUUUGAUCUAUUUAGAUUUUAAUUUAGUACAUGGUGAUAGACAUUGGUCUAGCUUUAGCUUUUGGCAAAUGGAGAGCCAGUUUUUCCAACACUAUUUAUUAAAGAGACUGUCAUUCUUCCAGUGAACCUGCUUGGCUCCUUUAUCAAAGAUAAGGUGGUUGAGUGUGUUUGUAGUUGUGGUUGUAUAUUCUAAUCUAUUCCAUUGAUCUUCAGCUCUGUUUUGAUUCCAGUACCAUGUUGAUUUUACUACUAUUGCUUUGUAGUAUAACUUCAAGUCAGGGAUUGUGAUGCCUCCUGCCUUGCCUUUGCUGCUUAGAAUUGCCUUUGCUAUUCUAGGUCUCUUCUAGUUCCAGAUGAAUUUUAGGAGUGAUUUCUUUAGAUUUAUAAGGUAUGUUGAUGAUAUUUUUAUUCGGAUUGCAUUGAAUCUGUAUAACAGUUUUAGAAGAAUGGCCAUUUUCACAAUGUCUCUUCUUCCUAUCCAUGAGCAAGGGAUGUCUUUCCAUUUUCUGAGAUCAUCUUCAAUUUCUUUUUUCAGUGUAUUAUAAUUUUCCCUGUAUAGGUCUUUCACUUCUUUCAUAAGAGUAAUUCCUAAAUUAUUUCAUUUUUUUGCUUACUAGUGUGAAGAGUGUGGUUUCUCUUAUUUCCCUGUCUGUGAUUUUGUUGUUAGUGUAUAGGAAUGCUAUUGAUUUCUGAGUAUUGAUUUUGUAUCCAGGUACAUUACUGAAUUUAUUUUUUAUAUCUAAGAUUCUUUCAAUGGAGUUUAGGGGGUCUUCUAUGUAAAGUAUCAUGUCAUCUGCAAACGAUAUUUUAACUUCUUCUUUUCCUAUCUUUACCCCUUUUAUUUCUCUCUCUUGUCUGAUAUCUCUGGCUAGUACUUCCAGUACUAUAUUAAAUAGGAGUGGUGAUAAAGGACAUCCUUGUCUUGUGCCUGAUUUUAAAGUAAAGGCUUUCAAUUUUUGGCCAUUUGUAUGAUGCUGGCUGUUGGUUUGUCAUAGAUGGCCUUUAUUAUAUUGAGGUAAAGACCAUCUAUUCCAAUUUUCUGUAAAGUUCUUAUCAUGAAUGAAUGUUGGACCUUAUCGAAGACUUUUUCUGCAUCUAUAGAAAUGAUCAUGUGAUUCUUUUGGCUUUAUUGAUAUGGUGGAUUACAUUUAUUGAUUUACGUAUGUUGCACCAUUCCUGCAUUCCUGGGAUGAAUCCCACUUGGUCAUGGUGUGUAAUUUUCUUGAUGGUUUACUGCAUCCUAUUUGACAAUAUUUUAUUGAGGAUUUUUGCAUCUGUGUUCAUUAGGGAGAUUGGUCUGUAAUUCUCUUUUUUAGUUGGAUCUUUCUCAGGUUUUGGUACUAGAGUAAUAUUUGCUUCCAGGAAUGACUUAGGAAGGAUGGCUUUCAAUUUCAUUGAAUAGUUUGAGGAGUGUCGGCAUUAGGUCUUCUUUGUAUUUCUUGUAGAAUUCUGGCGUGAAUCCAUCUGGGCCUGGGCUCUUCUUUGUAGGUGAGGACUUAAUUACAUUUUCAAUUUCAUUAACAGAGAUUGGGUUAUUCAACAGUCUUACAUCCUCUUGAUCUAGUUUGGUACUUCGUAUGUUUCUAAGAAUCUGUCUAUUUCUUCUGUGUUAUCAAACCUUUGAGAGUAGAGGUUUUUGAAAUAGGUGUUGAUGAUCUUCUGUAUUUCUAUUGGGUCUGUAGUGAUUUCACCUUUUUCAUUUCUUAUUGUAUGAAUUUGAGCUUUUUCUUCCCUUUUUUAAAUAAGGUUGGCUAGGAGCUUAUUGAUUUUAUUUAUUCUUUCAAAGAACCAAGUCUUUGAUCCGUUGAUUCUUUGGAUUGUUUUCUUAGUCUCUAUUGCAUUGAUUUCUUCUCUGAUUUUUAUAAUUUCCUCUCUUCUUUUGGCUUUGGGCUUGAUUGCGCUUCUUUUUCUAGCUGUUUGAGGUGUAGCAUCAAGUUACUUACUUGUAUUCGUUCAGAUUUCCUGAUGUGGGAACUCAGUGCAACAAAUUUUCCUCUGAGGACGGCUUUCAUUGCAUCCCACAGAUUCUGGUAAGUUGUAUCUGCAUUUUCAUUUUCUUUUAGGUAUUGUUUAAUUUCUUCUGUGACCCAUUGAUUACUCAAGAGUGUGUUACUCAAUUUCCAUGUGUUUGUGGGAUUUUUGCAGCAUCUUUUAUCAUUAAUUUCUAAUUUCAGAGCGCUAUGAUCCGAUAACGUGCAAGGGAUGAUUUCAACUCUUUUGCAUUUGUUUAAAUAUGUUCUGUGAGCUAAUAUAUGGUCUAUUUAGAGAAUGAUCCAUGUACUGCUGAGAAGAAUGUGUAUUCUGAUGUUGUUGGGCGGAACAUUCUGUAUAUGUGUAUCAAAUCCAUUUUUUUGCAGGUGUGAUUCAGUUCUGUUAUUUUUUGCUCAUUUUCUGUGUGGUUGAUAUGUCCCGUGGUGUCAAUGGUGUAUUAAGGUCCUGUUACAAUUGUGUUACUGAUAAUUUGAGUUUUCAUUUCUGUUAAUAGUUGUUUUAUAUAACUGGGUGCUCUGGAGUUUGGUGCAUAUAUAUUUAAGAUAGUUAUCUCUUCCUCUUGGAGUUUUCCCCUAACGAGUAUGUAGUGACCUUCUUUGUCCUUUGUGAUCAUUGUUGGUUUAAAGUUCACAUUGUCUGCAAACAGAAUGGCUACUGCUGCUUUUUUUGGGAUUCGUGCUGCAUGAAGUAUUGUUUUCCAUCCUUUGACUUUCAGUCUGUGAGUAUCCUUCUUGGUUAGAUGGGUUUCCUGUAAACAGCAUAUGUUUGGAUUUUGUUUCUGGUUCCAUUUUGCUAGUCUGUUUCUUUCGAUUGGUGCAUUGAGACCAUUUGCAUUAAUGGUUAUUACUGUUAAAUGCUGGUUUAUUGUUGACAUGUUAUCUCUCUGCUGUUGCAUCUUUAUCUUUCUGUUCUGUUUAAUUAUCUGCUUUGCUUAGUGGUUUUUUUCCUUUGUGUAUGUAAACUGUCUCUCAAUAUUUUUUGCAGGGUUGGUUUGAUGUUCAUGAAGUUCUUCAGCUGUUCUUUGUCAUGGAAGUAUCAUAUUCACCAUCAAUUUUGAAUGAUAGUUUUGCAGGAUACAUCAGUCUAGGUUGGAAAUCAUUUUGCUUUAGGAUCUGGAAUACUUCACUCCAUGCUCGUCUUGACUGUAUUGUUUGUGCUGAGAAGUCUCCUGUGACUCUGAUAGGUUUUCCUUUAUAAGUGAUCUGUCAUUUCUCUCUGACAGCUUUUAAUAAUCUAUUCUUGUGUUGGAUUUCUGGGAUGGUGAUUAUUAUAUGUCUGGGUGUAGUUUUAUUUUGCUUAUGACUAUUUGGAGUUCUAUAUGCUUCACUGAUCCUGAUGCCAGUUUCUGAUCUCAUGCUUGUGAAAUUUCCAGCUAUUACUUCUCUAAAUAACCUCUUGACAUCCUUUAUGUUGUCUCCUUCUUUUUCAUUAAUCCCUAUCUAUCUUAUGUUAUUUUUCUUUGCAUCAUCUUGCAGUUGUUGAAUUGUUGAUUCCUGAUUCCUUGUUAUUUUUAAAAGAUCUUUCCUUUCCUGUUCACUAGCUGCAAUCCUGUCUUCAAGGUCUGAAAUUGUAUCUUCACUUUCAUUGAGGCGGUUUUUACAACUUUCAGUGGAGUUUUUUAUUUCCUGUAUAUCUCUGUGCAUCUGCAUUAUGUAUUCUGUUUGUUUCUUAUAUUGCUCAUCUAGGGAUUCUAUCUUUUUGUUUAGUUCCUCCAAUUUUUUUAGCUGUGCUUUCUUUAGAUAUAUUCAGAAUCUCUUUCAUUUGUUUUAUCAUUUCUUUUUUUACCUGGGAGAUUAUUUCUAGUUUGAAUUCCUUUAAAGCUUCCUGUAGUUGCUUGUUCAUUUCAGUAGCUAUUGUGUCCGAUAUUUGAGGUGAAUUGCAUAUAUUUUCUUCUAUAUACAUCACUCCUAGGGUUUCUUGAGAUGGGCUGGAGGUUUAAUGUUGUAAUUUGGUCUUUUGUUUUGUCAUUUUCCUAUAUUUCUGUGUUUCAAGUGCUAUUUGAAAGCUUCCUCAAGGUCUUUUGGAAAUUCCCUUCUAUGUUCGCAGCUCCUGAGACUCUGGUACCCCGUUACCCCAAGCCACUGGGCCUGUAGAACCAAUGGCCCUCUUCUGCCUGUUUAGAACUCAGUAGUUCCAGAUAAGCUGGGCUUCAGGAACACUGUGCGCCCACCUGCUUGUUGGAAGCUCCACAGUUCUCCAAGCGCAGCUGGGAUGGGCAGGCAGACGUAGAUGCCUCAAACCCACUUACCCACUUCACUGCACCCAGAAGCCUGGAGGUUCCCGAACAGUCUGGGUUUUGUGCAGAGUGCACUGAGCACUUACCACAGGCCACGGGGCCUCUGGAGCCUGCGAUGCUCCCCUGCUUGCUGAGAUAUCCACAGUCCUCUAGACACAUGAGGUGUCAGAUGUAGGUGCCCCAGAUCUGCCCAGCCCCUCCUCUGCACACCGAUGGUGAUGUACAGGAGUCCCAAAUAGGCUGGGCUCCGGGGAUAGCAUGUCCCCGCCUACUUGUUGGAAGCUCCACAGUUCUCCCAGCACAGCCGGGAUGGGUAGGCGAUUGUAGAUGCCUCAAACCCACUUAGCCACUUCACUGCACCCGGAAGCCUGGAGGGUCCUGAGCAGUCUAGGCUUUGGGCAGCGUGUGCUGAGCACUUACCACAGGCCGUGGGGCCUCCGGAACCUGCGAUGCUCCCCUGCUUGUUGAGAUAUCAACAGCCCUCCAGACACACGGGGAGGCGGAUGCAGGUGCCCCAGAUCCGCCCAGCCCCUCCUCUGCACACCGAUGGUGAGGUGCAGGAGUCCCAAAUAGGCUGGGCCUGUACAUCACAAAUUAAAAAGAUUUAAUAGGUAAUAGCAGGUUACUUUUCCAAACAAGUUGAAGUAACUUUAUUCCUACUAGUAGUGCAUGAAUGUACCAUUCUUCUUCCCUCCUCAGCUCCUUGGUUUCAAUGUUUUAAAUUUUGACCAAUUAUUAUUAUCCUUUUUGUUGGGUGAUAAUAUGUCCUUAUAGUUUUUUUUUUCCUGCUUUUGAGCAACUUCUCAAAUAAACAAGGUAUUUAUAUUUACUCUGAUUUAUGAAUUCCUGUCCUUGUGCCAUUUACAUUGUCUGGUGUUUAUUUUCCUUUUUCUUAUCAAUCUGUACCUUAGUGGUAAUAUACUAUCUUUCAUAUAUUAGUUAUAAUAACCUGUU